AAAUACAAUUGUUCCUGAUGUCAAAUUCCAGCGACUCCUGCUAUAAAUGAGGGGUUGGGCACUUGUUUGGAGCAGUUUAACUCUGAAGAUUAUUUACCUUGCUCUCCGAAGAACACUUUAGGACGAGAUGAGUGCAUCAGUGGCCGUAUAUAGAAAUAUAUACACUGAGGAUCGCUUCAGACAGACGUAUGGUACGGAAGACCAGUCUAGAGGGAGAGAGCGGCUCCGCGACCGACUGGCGCAGAGAUGCAGCUGCUCUCAGGUGGACUGUCUUCACCUGCUCAAGAAGAGACUGCCCGUGUGCAGCUGGCUGCCAAAAUACAAGCUCAAGAAAUGGCUUUUAGGAGAUAUCAUAGCGGGACUGACUGUUGGAAUAGUACACAUUCCCCAAGGAAUGGCCUUUGCUUUGUUGACAUCAGUGGCUCCUGUCUAUGGCCUUUACACAUCCUUCUUCCCAGUAGUUCUCUAUAUGCUCUUCGGCACCGGUCACCACGUUUCUACAGGUACCUUUGCUGUGUUGAGUUUGAUGACUGGUUCAGUGGUGGAGCAACUAGUUCCCAUCCCACUCGCUCUGAACUCCAGUAGCCCAGAGGCCGCAGAGUUUGAGGCUCAGAGGAUUGGGGUGGCAUCAGCUGUAGCAUUUCUCUCAGGCAUAAUGAUGCUCUGCAUGUGCGGGCUCCAGUUGGGUUUCCUUUCCACUUACCUCUCAGAACCAAUUGUUAAGGCUUUUACAAGUGCAGCCGCCUUCCAUGUGACUGUCUCACAGCUGCAAAGCAUGUUGGGAUUACGGCUUCCCCGAUAUGCUGGUGCCUUCUCUUUUUUUAAGACUCUGGCAUCAGUGAUGGAGAAUGUGCCCCACACUAAUUUGGCCGAGCUGGUGAUCUCACUGCUUUGUCUGGCUGUUCUGGUGCCAGUUAAAGAGGUCAACUCACGCUUUCGGGAGCGUCUGCGCACUCCCAUCCCUGUGGAGAUCAUCACUGUAAUAAUUGCAACAGGAAUUACAUAUGCCUUUUCCCUGGAUUCCAAAUAUGACAUACAGAUAGUAGGACAUAUUCCAGCAGGCUUCCCCAAGCCACGGCUGCCUGCAUUGGAGACGGUUCCAGACAUUGCCGGUGACACAGUUGCUAUCACCCUUGUUGCUUACGCUGUGUCUGUAUCUCUAGCCAUGCUUUAUGCUGAUAAGCAUGGAUACUCCAUUGAUCCAAAUCAGGAGCUUCUAGCACAUGGGAUCUCCAACACUGUGUCAUCUCUCUUCACAUGUUUCCCAAAUUCAGCUACACUGGCCACCACAAACAUACUGGAUAGUGCCGGAGGUCACACACAGCUCGCAGCACUGUUCACAAGUCUGGUUGUUCUUAUUGUACUUCUGCUAAUAGGACCUCUGUUUUACUUUCUACCCAAGGCAGUGCUCGCAUGUAUAAAUGUGACCAGCCUGAGACAGAUGUUCCUGCUGUUUCAGGAUCUCCCAGACCUUUGGCGAAUUAGCAAAAUUGAUUUUAUGGUGUGGCUUGUGACCUGGCUGUCAGUAGUUGUGCUAAAUGUAGACCUGGGCCUAGCCAUUGGGGUGGUCUUCUCAAUGAUGACAGUUAUAUGUCGUACACAGAGGGCCAACUGCUCUGUGUUAGGAAGAGCUGCCAACACGGAGAUUUACAGAUCCAUCAACAACCAUAAUAAAUGCUAUGAAGUCCCUGGUGUGAAGAUCCUGACCUACAAUGGACCCAUCUACUAUGGGAACCGUAGCUUUUUUAAGGCUGAUAUGGCUCAGCUUCUGGGCCUCACCCCUGAGAGGAUACGCAGCCGAGAGAAAGCCCUGAAGGCCAUUGAGAAGAGAGAGAGAGAGGCCAUUAGCUCUGUAGAACAAGGAGUUACAGACAGUUCAUUUUCUUCAAAGAAUGACUUGUUCAGAUCAGAAAUGGCUGAGGGUGAAGUCGAGGCUGUGUUAAUAGACUGCAGCAGUGUUAUUUUCGUGGAUGUUGCAGGAGCUCGGUUGUUCAUACAGAUGUGCAUGGAGUGCCAGAAGAUAGGGGUACGGAUAUACCUGGCUAACUGCAAUGAGAGUGUACUGAAGAUUCUCACAUCUAGCGGGCUGAUGAACUACAUGAAUCCUCAGCAUAUUUUUGUUACAAUUCAUGAUGCAGUGGUCUACAUACAACAGCAGCGGGAGAAACCUCCCGAGAACAACACAACGGUUUGGGUGUGAUCUAUCUGACACAAAGUAAUGCAAGACUGAGACUCAAAACAGGACCUAAAGAACCAGUUGGUGACUUCAAGUGUGUCAGAGAAAUGACUUAAAGUCAUUCCAGCAUUUAUUUCGACUCAACAUGCUGUGAUGAGUUUGUCAGGGCUAUCAGUGGUUGUUUUAACGAAAAUUCAUUGUCAUAAACAUUUUAAUUUGAAUGAACAACCAGUAAUGUGUGACCAGCACAAAAAUGUUCAUGCUCUCAAUGCAAUGGAUUUUUUAUGGAGAGGUGUUCUAAUCUCUUUUCCAUUGCACUGGUA